AUGAAUGCUAUCCGUCAAACUCAACAGUUGAAUAAGCGCGAGCUCGAGAAUGCGACCCCGCCGUCUGCUUCCUGGCACGCUGAUUAUCGCGACACAGCCUGGAUCUACGUUGGUGGUCUUCCACUAGACCUCACAGAAGGUGAUGUAGUCACAAUCUUCAGCCAGUUUGGCAGUCCUACACAUCUCAACCUGAUCCGCGAUCGUGAGACUGGCAAGAGCAAAGGAUUUGGCUUUCUAAAGUACGAAGACCAGAGGAGCUGUGAUCUGGCAGUCGACAAUCUCACUGGUGCUGAUGUACUGGGAAGAUUGCUAAGAGUUGACCACACGAGAUAUAAGAAGAAGGAUGACGAGGAUGAGGACACGUACAGGAUAGAUAGGCUGGAAGCCGAGGCUGAGGCUGAAGUCAACACAAAGAAUGGCAAACGGGCCAGCGAUACCGAGGAGGAAACCGAGGACGAAAGGGAUCGCCGCAAAAAAAGACGCAUGGUGAAGGAGGGGAGAGGGACAUUGAUGAUCAAACAGGACGAAGAAGACAAUGAAGAUCCUAUGAAGGACUAUCUAUCGGGUCGAAAAGAGAGAGACUCUGGAUCGCGAAGAGACAGGGAUAGUAACAAGGAACGGACCCAUCACCACCGUGACCGCCACGGAGCCAAUGGCGAGGACGGACAUCGGCGUAGGAGACAUGAGACUGAAGAAGAGGAAUUCCACCAUCGAAGGAGACAUCGUAGAGUACACGACGACGAGGACGACGACGAGGACAAAUCUAGCCAUCGCAGAGAUACAGGUCGCCGAGCUGAACGAUCGUCCAGGAGAGAAGACAGAGGAAAAGCACAGCCUCGCUCACGGUCUCGCGACACAAGCCCACCCACCGCCCGUCACAACACACGACGUAGAAGUCCUUCACCAAUUCGAACAAGACGCCCGCGAAGCAGGAGUCGUAGCCACGAUCGUUCUCGUAGACGGCACACCUCGGAAGCUAAUAAGGGCGACAGAAGUCGCGAUGGUACCCGAAGCCACCACGAUUCAGACUGA